UGCUGGCGCCAGUGCCAGUACACAAUAGAUUGCCGACGCGAACGCGUGUAGUGCUCGCAACGAAACUGGUCGAUCGUUACCAAACACAUACUCCCACCACUGACGCCACUCCGCCGCAUUUAUAGCACACCAACAUCUCAUUGGGGAUCUUCAAAUACAAUAGUUGUCAGUGCUCGCUAAAAGGAAAGCAAACCAAAAACAACAAAAUAACAAGAAAACUAUACCGAUACACACGGCAUCGGUAAAUUUCAGACUACGAGUAUUAAGGCCUGAAACUGAACUCAAAAUAAUCGAAGAACGGUGAAGAGCUAAGUGUUGUUGUUGGUGGCACGAAAAAAUAGAAAGGAUGCAGUACACGACGAGCUCAGAAAAUUACUCCUCAUCAGUAAGGGGUGAUUCGCCUUCAAAAUGGGGUAACAAGGAAGAUAAAAGUUAUGUGUAUAAGAAGUCAUCCUAUCAAUAUUCCAAUUCCGGCAAUAAAAACAUAGCAAGCAUGAAUAAGUCCCUGGAUACAAAUAUUGAUCAAUUGGAUGCUUUAUUGGAAGACUUGAAACAUGAGCGUCAAAUAACAAAAGAUAAAGAUAUUUUAUCAACUUCAGCAAAUUAUAGGACAAUUGAACGUGAACGAGAGCGAGAACAUCUUGAGCCUAGUGAUUCUGUUACGAAAACAGUGCGAGUGAUGAAAACAUCACAACGGUCAGUACCACAUCCUUUGCAGGACGAACUCGAUGGCUUUUCGACAUCAGAGUACAGCACUCUAAAGUCGAAUGGUUAUCCUAGCAUUCAACGUGACUAUCAAUCAAAUGAACUCUAUGGAUCUAAUAACGUCUAUGGAAGCAAAAACAAAAUAUAUGAGAGCAAUCGCAAUAUUGACAGUUCGGACUUGAUUCCUGCCGCUACCACAACUACAACAACUACGACUCAAUUGGAGAAAGAUCUUCAGAAUUUGCCGCUGACUGAAGAUAUUUUGCCACUACCUGGUACCAAAGUUACCACUACAGUUCGUACCUAUACUUACGAGGUACCAGCGACCGGUACGCUUAGUCGAGGCACUCCGUUAACUUCAAGCACUCGUUUCAAUACAAUUCAACGUAAUGCAGUCAAUAGCUCCACACUACAGUCUAGUCCUACCCCAUCUAACGUAGCUCCAGUGAUGCCACAAACAGUUGUUUAUAAUACGGAAAGCUAUUCCACUACUAAUAGGACAAAUGAUCAUCCGAUAACAACAAAUCACUUGUAUGAAGUGCGAGAGCAUCGCGAAACUAACACUCUGAAAAACAAUUUACCGCUACAACAACCACGUAGCCCUCAGCCAAGUGGCAGCAAUAAAACUAUUAUUUAUAAAGUGAACACAACUGAAAAUAUUCAUACCGGACCGGAGUUUAAAAGCUAUCCUCAACGGUCUCCCGAGUAUACCUUACACCAAGAACCACCACAAACUGGACCAUAUGACCAACCAAAUGAUGCUUAUACUCCUGCCCCAACAACCACAAAAUAUAUUUAUAAAGAAUCCUCGAAUGUGGUGAACACUAUCCAUGGCUCACCAGUUGGUCCGCCAGAUACACAGCCAAGAUAUUUACCACCAGCACACCCUCAACACAAAUCACCACCAGCAGGAUAUGUACCCAGCGGUAAUGGCUAUCCGCCACACGGGUCUCCAAACACUUCUCAUGUAACAUAUAAAUAUUCAUCUUCAUCUACCACAAAUACUCGCCAAGGUCCAGAUAGUCCGUACGGCAAGCCAUCGCCAACCAUCCAACCAGCACCAUUUCCCGUGGAUGGAGUUGAGUAUCCAGCUAAUGCUAACCCACCGCAAAGAGUUGACGAACUCAUGCAGUCAUUUGGGCAAGUUGAUUCCGUAGACAGAGCUGACCUUUCUACUCCACGGAAACGAGAAAUAGAAACUGCUGUAGCUACGCCAAGUCAACAUGUUCCAACAAUAAAUAAGGCAGGAAAGGAAGUUUAUUACCCUCCUGGACAUGAGAUGAUGUUAACAAAACGUGAAGAAAUGGCUGCCGGAUCAGCGGCUGGGGGACGAUGGGCUAAAGGCUCUGGAAGGUAUGAGUACGAGUCCGGUUAUAAAUCCAAAACUAAAACUAAACAAGGCGGUGCAGUGGUUCCUAUAUGUUUGCCACUUUGUUGUGCUAUGCCAUGCUCUAUAAUGUAAAUCGAAUCAAAUUAAUUUUUUGAAAUAAAUUCUCGAAUGUAAAUAUAGAUAUGUAUGUAUGUAUAUGUAUGUACCACUAAUAUUAAAUAAUACCCUUGUACUCUCUAAAAAAAGUAGUACACAUUGGAAAAUUUACAGUAUAAUAUACAAAUAUACAAACUUAUUUUGGAUACGUUGAGAAAAAAUAUUAGUUUUUAAUAUGUAAGUUAUUGAAACUGAAAUAUCAAAUAAUACAUAUUGAUAAUAAAUUACAAUUUUGAUAUAAUGUUGUUAUUAAUUAUUUCUAUUUAUCGCUGUACAGCAUGAAUAUUCUGUUUGCCAAUGUGUACAUUUUUUUAACAAAUUGCUAUUAAUAUUAAUGUAUAUUUAAAACUCACACGUAUGAUCACAAAACAUGCAGUCAUGGAAAUAAGACACUACACUGAUGUUUAAUAUUGAAAGCAUACGGGAUCGCAACGAUGUUUGUUGAGAACGCUAAUAUCUCCGCUUAAAUGUUCGGUGAUGGAGACUUAUUGUUGUACAAUGUACAUCAAGUUGCACUGAAUUUUAAAGUUAUUAAAUUUAAAAGAAAUUUAUUGAAAAUUAUAUACAUUUGUAUAUAUACAGUCAGAGACAUAAGUUUAAAUAAACCCCUAAAAAUACAUUUUUUUAUUGAUUGUUGUGUUUUAACACAAAAAAACAAUGCAGUUUAUUUAACGCGGGACAAAAGUUUAAAUACCAUAUAGCCACUGAAAAAUACGCAUCGUAUGUUUCUUGCGAUUUUUUAGAAAAAAUUAGUAAAAAAGUAAACAUUACUUUGUUUUGCAUUCCAUUAUUGGUUAAAUAUCUAUUACAAAUAAACAGCAUCAUUACAUUUGUGUUAUAAAACUUAAUUUCAAUAAAACUGAAAUUUUGUGGGUGUAUUUAAACUUUUGUCUUUGACUGUAUAUGAUUAUAAAGGUAUAUAAUGGUACACUUAUAGUAUAUGAUUAUAAAGGUAUAUACCGGUACACUUGCCGAGGAACUUUAGUACCAUAUCGAGCCUUUAAGGUACAAUACAAAUGUACAUUUGUAUGUACAUAUUGUCAUGAGUAUAUGAUUGUCAUAAAGCUGUAAGCUUAUUUUCAUGAUUAGCAUUUAUCUAAUAUUAACAAAAAAUUGUAACCGAAUUUGUCAAAAAUGUAUAUGCUAAUUAACAAACAAUAUGUUCAAUAAAGAUACUCUAACGGCAAA